AAUCCACCUUUCCAGUUUCCAAAUUGCACCCCUUUCCCACUCUUUCCUCUCUUCUAUAUCAGUAGACAGUAGUAGUAGUACUUCUUCAGAGUUCUGUCUCGAGUCUCAACGGCCACCGUUGCCGCCAAGAAACAACAAAACCGUCGGUUUUUAGCCUCAAAAUCACUCCUACUCUUCUCCUGUUCUGGAGCUGGCGAUGAGACGAAACAGAGAUCUACGAAAGAAAGGGGCAGGGAGGGGAUCCUGCCGCGGAAGCUAGAAAUCACUGUGGAAGCUUUGAAAUAGAUGGUUUUCUUCUCUGAUUUGUAAGAUUUCGAAGCAGAGAUGAGUUUUCGGCUUAAAGUUGAGCUUAAGAGACUCUGUUGUAACAAUGGGUGGUCGUAUGGGGUCUUCUGGCGCGUCCACCGCCGUAAUUCCCUGCUGUUGACCUUGGAAGAUGCCUAUUAUGGAGAACAAUUGGGCUUGGUGAUUGACAAAAUGCUUCCUCAGGUCCACGUGCUGGGAGAACGAAUUGUUGGACAAGCUGCUUUUACUGGAAAGCACCAGUGGUUCUUCUUAGAUGCCUACUUUGGAGAAAGGAGUCCUACUGGAUAUGUUGCUGGUCAAGAUAACUUCCAGGUGCAGGAUAAUUCAGAGUUUCACUGUCAGUUUUCCUCUGGAAUAAAGACAAUUGCGGUAAUUUCUGUGGCACCACAGGGUGUGAUACAGUUUGGAUCCACUGAGAAGAUUCCGGAGAGGUCAGAGUUUGUGGAUCACACAAGAAGCUUGUUUCGGCAGAUUGAAAGGGAUGAUGGGCUUGUUCUAUCAGGGAAUGUACUAAGAGAUCUGAAUGGUGAAGUCUAUGAUCCAUGUGGAUCUUUUUCUUCUGUAGUAUUGUCUGGCAAUUCCUAUUCCAACUAUGGAAAUAUCGACUCCUUCAACGAUGAAAGCUGCAAAAAUCUAAUUGGAAAAUCCCAUUCUUCAUUAAUCACUCAUCAAUCCUCAUCUUUUACAUCAGAAUGGCACCAUGGUAGCAUGUCCACCUUGAUUGGUAAUCAAUUUCACCUCAAAAGCCAACACAACACAUCAGGUGCAGACGCUCAAGUGAUAUUAUCAAAACCUAGCCUGCAAUUACCACAGGUCUUGUCAGAGUCUUAUUCCAGCUGUACUGACAACACUGUUGGCAGACAACAAACCAUGAGUUCACUGAGUGGUGAAGGUUCAACCAUGACUUCAUUUGAGAGACAACUGUUGUGUGGAUCAGGAAUGUGUUUUACUCCAACGGUAUCUUCUGCCACCCUGAAUACUCCUUUAUCUUCCAAGAAUGUGUUUGUGGAUUUUCAAGGGGAGUCAACCUUUCCUUCAUUAUGCAGCAUGGGCAGAUCAUAUGAUAUGGUAUCCGAUAAAAAAUUAGUUGAGGCCAACAAAACUAGUGUAUAUGGCUCACAGGAAUUGGAAGAUAUCCAGUCACCCACCCAUUUAACCCAUCCAACAGAAGAUGGACUUCCAAAGGUGCCUUCUAGCUUUCCAGCAUUCACUGGGGUGAGAUCAUUCAAUACUAGGGAAGCUGUCUCUGAACCCAAACCGGUAAAAAAUCUCUCUCAGUCGAAUGUUCCACCACUGGGGCAGGGAAACAGUGGAUUGGCUGCUCCAACACUGAAUGAUAAUUUGUUACAAUCAGAAGCAGUGCCAGGUGGUGUUUUGAAUCAGGCGGUUACACCUGCCACCAAUAACAUAAAUUUUUGUGGUGACUGGAAAGCAAACUCUUCAAAUGCUUCUUUGCAACUGCCUGCUGAAAAUGAGCUUUUCGAUGGUUUGGGAUUGGAUUUUGGCAGCUUCCAGAGCCAAGAGUGUUGGGGUGAUGUUAUAUUACCUCUAGGGACUAGUGGUUGCCCGACUUUGAGUACUGGUAUUUCAGAGUCUAUCUCAGAGGCUGUUCCCCAGAAAGGAUUCUUCUCUGAGAGUGGACUUGAAGAUCUGUUAAAUGAUGUUGUUUGUAAUUUUAACUCGGUUACUAAACCUAACUCAGAGGAUUCAAGAACUACUAUGUCGAGGACAGGAAGCCCAUCAGGAUAUUGGAAUCAAAUUCAGUUGGCUGGUCUUUCUUGCUUGGGUGGAAAUAUGGAUGCAAUGCUGCCUGAAUAUAACAACAACAUGGUAGGAAUUCAGAAAGAAAUUGUUGCAAAAUCUCAGGUGCGAUCAUGGAUAGAUGAUAGCUAUAGCAUCAAUACGGAGAGUGAUGUGGCUUCUCAGCCUAAGAGAACUGAAGAACCAACCAAAGUUACCAAGAAAAGAGCUCGGCCUGGAGAAACUGCUCGGCCAAGGCCCAAAGACCGUCAGCAAAUCCAAGAUCGUGUCAAAGAGUUGCGAGAGAUUGUGCCUAAUGGUGCAAAGUGCAGCAUAGAUGCGUUGUUGGAUCGCACCAUCAAACAUAUGCUCUUCUUGCAAAGUGUGACUAAAUACGCCGACCAACUUAAACAAGCCGAUGAGCCUAAGAUGAUUGGAGAUGAGAGCUGUGUGAUUCUGAAAGACAAUUUGAAUGGUGGUGGCUCUGGUGCUACCUGGGCAUUUGAAGUGGGCGGUCAAACCUUGGUCUGCCCAAUUAUAGUUGAGGAACUCAGGCCCCCUGGGCAGAUGCUGGUAGAGAUGCUUUGUGAAGAGCGGGGUUUCUUCCUUGAGAUAGCAGACAUUAUUCGCGGUUUUGGCUUGACUAUCUUGAAGGGACUAAUGGAAUCUCGGGAAAAUAAAUUAUGGGCUCGCUUUAUUGUUGAGGCAAACAAGGAAAUAACCAGAAUGGAUAUAUUUUUGUCACUUGUUCAUCUUCUACAGCAAACAGUGAGUAGCGGGGUUGGUUCAGGUAAUCAGUAACAUAAGGCGGUUGAUAUUUGGGUUCCACUAAGAAUCACCAGAAAUCUCUGGUGCCACUCCCAAUCAGCCUAGCUGAUGGGAUGCAGUGAUCGGAAGCAUAAAAUCAUGGUCCAGAAUUGCCUCAAGCAGUCACCAUCUUGUGUGUUGCCGUGAAUGGUAUUCUGCAAAAUUGUCUCGGAAGAAUGACCAAAAAGCUUCCUAUUAAUUGAAGUCCCUCCUUAACAGAGGAGAUGCACAGGGGAAUCAUACUUUCUCCUCUGUAAUAAGAGAAGGGGGGCUGGAGGUGGCCAUAUGCAUGUGGAGAAUUUCUGAAAGAGCCAGUGAUUUGCUAAUUGCUAUUGCAAUUGAACAUUCUGCCCAAGAUUGGGAGCUGAGACUGGGAUGGACGGUGAAUCCGUUCAGUUGGAACUGAUAAGGAGUGGACCUUGACCAAAGGACUUGCAGAUGUGACUGGAUGGGGUUCAUAUUGGCCAAAUACAGAGCAAGGAUGCCAAGGACAAACAGGAGAGCGAUAGAGAUGGUGGAUUUUGGGUGCUUUUUUCCUUUGCCUUUUCUUCUUGGGUUCUUUCCCUAACCUGUGUAUAACCAAAAGCUAGAAUUAGAACCAGUUAAUAGGCUAACUAAAGAUUUGUUUUCUGACC